GAUAGCUCUAGCACAGGUGCUCAAGUAGAGCUCUCACCCUGACCUACACAAGCACAGAUUAUUCACACACAAUCGUGCACAUUCUCUGAGUAGAUACAGCAUGAGUACAGUGUCUGAGUCUCUAGAUGGGAGCAGCAGGUCUCUGUCUGCAGCCAGGAGACACAAGAGUAUCAGGAAAACCUCCAGGAGGAUUUAUUCUGCCUACCAGGACCACCAGGAGGGCUCCUCAGAUGAAGAAGACAAAGUAGAUGAGAGGGUGGACAGCAAUGAUCCAGAGGAGAUGUUCCAAAACAUUCAGUACCAGAAGGAGAUCAUCGCCAAUAUUCGGACUAGGCCCUGGCCAAUGAGGCGCAAACUCAAAGUCCUAAAGCAGGCCAGAGAGAUUGUUCUGAGAUAUGAGGGCCGACUAACCAGAACCCGAGGUUACCAGACCGCAGGAGCUGAUCUGCUGAAGAAACUUUCCCGUUUGCUUUACAACAUUGUGGUGCUGUUCAUUCCUUGGGAAGUCAGGAUCAAGAAAAUUGAAAGUCACUUUGGGUCAGGCGUGGCCUCCUACUUUAUCUUCCUCCGCUGGUUGUUUGGUAUCAACAUUGUUCUCACCAUCAUGACUGGAGCCUUCAUUGUCCUACCAGAGCUGCUGGCUGGAGCACCAUUUGGAACAACAAGAAGUAAAACUAUUCCCAAGGAACACCUGGCUUCAGCCCAGGACCUGGACACCAUCUGGUCUCUUGGGGGCUACCUCCAGUACUCUGUGUUAUUCUAUGGUUACUAUGGCAGGGUGAGGAAGAUCGGCAGUGCAGGGUACCGAUUACCCCUUGCCUACUUCCUGGUUGGAAUGGCUGUCUUUGCCUACAGUUUCAUCAUUCUGUUGCGAAAAAUGGCAAAGAAUUCACGCCUGAGCCUGGCUAGUGCUUCUGAUGAAAGCUUCACUUUCUGCUGGAGAAUAUUCUGUGCUUGGGAUUACCUGAUAGGAAACCCAGAGGCUGCAGAGAGCAAAGGAGCUGCCAUUGUUAACAACAUCAGGGAAGCCAUUGUCGAGGAGCAAGAAAAGAAGAAGGAUACCAGUCUUGCAGUUCUGAUCAGUCUACGGAUCUUGGCCAACAUCCUGGUGCUCCUGUCUUUAGCAGGAAGUAUAUACAUCAUUUACUUUGUGGUGGAUCGUUCUCAGAAACUGGAGCAGGAGAAGCCGGAGCUGACGCUAUGGGAGAAGAAUGAGGUGAGUGUAGUAGUUUCUCUCAUCACCAUGAUUGCUCCAUCUGCUUUUGAACUGGUGGCUCAACUGGAGAUGUACCACCCACGAACCUCACUGCGAUUCCAGUUGGCCAGGGUCCUUGUCUUAUACCUUGGGAAUCUCUACAGUCUCAUCAUUGCUCUCCUUGAUAAAGUCAACAGUAUGAGCUCUGCUGUCCAAAAUCACAACAGCACCGCAGCAACCAUCGCCACAGUGCUGGCUGUAACCAGCAGGAGCAGCUCGGGGGACGUCUACAACCAGACAGCUGUGUUUGAAAAGAACACCCGACAACAGGAUCAGUGCUGGGAGACCUAUGUUGGACAGGAGAUGUUGAAGCUGUCCAUCAUUGACAUGAUCUUCACAGUGGCGAGCAUCCUGCUCAUUGACUUCAUCAGAGGUCUAGUGGUUCGCUACCUCAGUGACUGCUGCUGCUGGGAUUUAGAGAGCAAAUUUCCUGAAUAUGGAGAAUUCAAAAUAGCUGAGAAUGUCUUGCAUCUAAUUUAUAACCAAGGAAUGAUCUGGAUGGGGGCAUUUUUUUCUCCCUGUCUUCCUGCCUUUAAUGUGCUGAAGCUGAUUGGUCUGAUGUAUCUGAGGAGCUGGGCUGUUCUUACCUGUAAUGUUCCCCAUCAGCAGGUCUUUCGAGCAUCCAGGUCAAACAAUUUCUACCUGGCUAUGCUGCUUUUCAUGCUGUUUUUGUGUAUGCUGCCCACCAUCUUUGCUAUAGUGAGAUACAGACCAUCACAACACUGCGGACCUUUCAGUGGUCAAGAGAAGAUUUACGACAUCAUCUCUGAGACAGUGGCCACUGACUUCCCGGUGUGGUUCAGUAAAGUAAUAAGUUAUAUCACCAGUCCUGUCGUCGUACUGCCAGCACUGCUGCUGCUGUUCAUGCUGAUAUACUAUCUCCAGUCUAUUGCCAGAUCCCUCAAAUUCACCAACAACCAGCUAAGGAUGCAGCUCCAGACUGAGCGCACUGAAGACAAGAAGAAAGUCUUCCAGAUGGCUGCAGCGAGACUACAGAUUCCAGAGGCUGCUGCAGACAAAAAGUCAGAUCAUGAGGAAAGCAACAUCGCCAGCCAAGAGUCCUCUAAUCACACCCCAUCUCCCUGUCAGAAUAGCAGCACCACAAACUUUGAUUCCCCUGUUCAUCGUGGGAAUUGCAUCCGCACCAUCACGAAAUCAGUAACUAGAGGAGACCUGAACAGAGGAGGUGUGGCCGGAUCUAUCAGAUGUCCAGCAGUAACCGUACUGCCCAAACAUUGGCUGGAACACAUUCCUAACAGGCCUCCACCAUUUCUUGGUGGUCCUAGUGGUGCCUCCAGAUCCAAGUCCUAUCAUCACAUGGUAUACAAUUCUCCACCUCACUGUUCUGACAGUAUUCACUCUGACCCCUUGUGCAGGAAGACUAUACAUUCUGUUCAUCCAGUUGAAGCUGCUGGGAUCAUCACUGCACAGAGUUAUAGAGGACGCCGUGGUCACACCACCCGCUAUGUGAUUGUCAAUGAGCAUGAACCCAGGAAAAAGUUGCUGCGCUCAGCCACACGGAUCCCACGCCAUUAUUUCAUGGAGGAACCCACAGAAAUCAUGGAACUGUACCCACGUAAUGUCAGACGGUACACACCACGCAAUGCUCACAGUAAACCACGUCCUUACCAGUCCCACGCAUCACAGCAACACCCAAGUGAAGAGGAUGAGGAGGAAGACCAAGGGAAAGGCAGGAGAAAGAUGUCACUAGGGAAAACUCAUCGGCCCCGCUCACCAUCUAACCUCCAACAGCCAGCACAUUUCUACAUUGGUGACCGUCUAGAAACCUACAUAACUAUAUCCAAAGAAAACCACCCAGCUCAAGGAAGAUAUGGGGCUCAAGACGUACAUGAAGAGGAGGAUGGAGUAGGAGAAAUAGCCUGUGGAGAUGAAGAGUCACACUCUGAGUCACAGGCCAAUGUGAGAGUAGCUGACCCUCUUCUUCUGCGAACCAGAUGUCACAUUCAUUCCCCGAGAAGACAGUGUCUGUCUCAAACUCGGGCCAGGCAUGUUGAGCCUCAUGUGAAGUCCAAGACGAAGCAAAAGCUGGAGAAUGUGCAGACUGAGUCAGACUCAGCUUCCCUGGCCUCGAGCAGUGACCAGCAGAAUAGCAGCAAUGACCAGUAUAUUCAGGUUAUCCACAACAAGGAGCGCUAUCUGAAGUCUGGAGCCAGGCAAGGACAAAUGGCCAAAAAGAAAUCCAAAACCAGCUUUGAUCUAAAAAUCACUGAAUCAAAUGAUCUGGUCUGCUCCAAUGUUUGAAAUGUUGGAAUUUUUUCUGUUAAAUAAUAUAUGUAGCAUCAGGUAUUAAUUGACACUCUGCACUGAAAGCACACAAAAAUGUAAUUUCCUUUCUGUGUUUGUGUGAUUCCAUAUCCUUUUGAUGCUGUUAAAUAAUUGCACUAGCUAUUGUGGAAGUGCAUAGAAUAGAAGAAUGUGUCUACUUGUGUAACAUCAGCAAUAAAAAC